UAUAGGUGGUUUAUGUUAUAACAUUGUCCAUAGGCUAAUUGAGUUGUUAUUGAAGCAUGUCAAAUUCAAAGACAAAAAAAAGUGGUGGGCGGCAAAAGAUGGAGAUGAAGAAAAUGAGCAAUGAGACGAACCUCCAAGUGACAUUUUCGAAGGGUCGCAGUGGGCUAUUCAAGAAAGCGAGUGAACUUUGCAUUCUGUGUGGCGCUGACGUGGCACUGAUUGUGUUCUCUCCUGGGGAGAAGGUCUUCUCCUUCGGCCAUCCGAACGUGGAUGUGGUGAUAGAUCGGUAUCUGGCGCCAGGCCCACUGCCAAACUCAAGCACCAUGCACUUCAUUGAGGCCCACCGCAUUGCCAAUGUGCGUGGCGAGGACUUGGCCCAUUUGAAGAAAGCCAUACGGGCCCAACUUUGGUGGGCCUCCCCGAUUGAGGAGAUGACUAGGGCCCAAUUGGAGCAGUACAAGGUAGCGUUGGAGGAGCUCAAGAAGCGCGUAGCAUGCCUUGUUGAUAGGGCUAUGCUUCAGAGUAUUCCAAACCCUACUCAUCAGCUUUUCCUUUUUCCAGGGGCUUCUUCCUUUCCCAAUCCCAACCUUGUGCAUCAACCACCCAUGCUUCACAACUAUACGAAUCGCCACCAUCGCUUCAAUAACAUGGGAUUCCCAGGAUAUGGAUAUGGAUCUACCGCUGCUUUCUUUUGA